AUGCAUGGUACAUGCUCCAUCAGGCACAUGGCGCUGCUCCUGCUCUUCUUCCUCUUCCUCCGUCCCACCAUCAACACCAGGGACAUGAAUCGAGAGCGCUUCAUGGCGGCAUGUCGAGCUGGCCCGUUGAAGGGACUGCUCCGCAUGCGAGGCGGGAAUCCGUUCUUUGCUCAGAGCAGCGGGGAGGGGAGGAGGACGAACCGGACGAGUGAGGCGGACGGCAUGAAGGAGCGCAUGGACUUGUUGGGCAAGCUCAACCUCCGUGUCGAGGACUUUGUGAGCAAAUCACGAGCUGCAGCGGAGGCGUGGGACCCGUCGGUGGUUGGUUGUGUGCCGGACAUCGACUCGCUCGGCGAGGAGGUGAAGAAUCAUCGGAAGCCCUCGGGACGGUACGUUUAUCCGCGCUCCGCCAUGCCGCCUCCCUCGGACGAGCCCUCGCACAGCAGGAUGAGAUCUGCUGUUGAAGGCAUAACGCUCGAUGAUCCUCCCGUCAGCAUUCAAGUCCAGGUGUGCCCGCUCUUCUAA